CAAAAGAAAAAACCUACCACAACAAAGUUAAGGGCAGAGAAAGAGAGAGAGAGAGAGUUUGAAAUGGCGACCCCAACAGUUCAAGUGUACGGACCAGCCAUGUCUACCGCAGUGUCAAGGGUGUUGGCUUGUCUCGUCGAGAAAGACAUUCAAUUCCAACUCAUUCCUGUUAACAUGUCCAAAGGGGAACACAAAAAACCUGAUUUCCUCAAGAUUCAGCCCUUUGGCCAAGUACCAGCAUUUCAGGAUGACAACAUUUCCCUCUUCGAAUCGAGAGCAAUAUGCCGUUACGUUUGUGAGAAAUAUGGGGAGAAAGGGAACAAGGGACUGUACGGAACAAACCCAUUGGAAAAGGCUUCUAUAGAUCAAUGGUUGGAGGCAGAAGGACAGAGUUUCAACCCACCAACUUCAACUCUGGUGUUUCAGCUUGCGUUUGCUCCACGAAUGAAGAUUAAGCAAGACGAGGGUGUGAUAAAGCAGAGCGAAGACAAGCUCUCAAAAGUUCUCGAUAUCUACGAUAAGAGGCUUGGGGAGUGUCGUUUCUUGGCUGGUGAUGAAUUCUCUCUCGCUGACCUUUCACAUCUUCCAAACACUCAUUACUUGGUCACUGCUACUGAUAGAGUUGCUCCUCUCUUCACUUCUUCAAGGAAGAACGUGUCUAGGUGGUGGAAUGAGAUCUCCACGCGUGAUUCCUGGAAAAAGGUCGUUGAGUUGCAGCGUAGUGCUUGAGAUUUGAUUAAUUGUUAUGUUCUUGUUAUGUUGUUGUUCCUGUUUGUGUUGUGAGUGUUAUUUGGUGUCCUUUAUUUUAUUUCUUCCCGAGUCUUUUAUGC